AUGGGCAGCUACCUGAGCAUGUACCUGGGCACGGCCAAGGCCACGCAGGCAGCCCACCUCCGGAAGCGCCGGUCCCCUUGGUUCCCAUGGACCGGGCCCGUCCGCGACACCUGCCCGAUGGGCCGGGACGGGCGCCCAAUCCUGAGCUACCGCCGCCGCCGCCAGGAUCACGGGCUCUGGUUCCGCAGCAGGCGGCCGCUCCCCGCCGCCCUGCGCCGCUGGAAGUACUACCCGGUCCGCGGGUCCUCGGGGCCCCAGGGCUGGAGGCGCCUUCCCAACGGGCCACCCCUCCGCACCUCCUCGGGGCUGGGGUUUUCCGGCCAUGGCAACGGUUUCACGAUGAGGUCCCGGUGGAACGCCCGCCUCUCCUGCCACACGCAGAGCCUGCUGGACAUCCGUACCACCCCCCUUGAAAGCCUAAGCAGCUUGUCCACGUGUCCGCCCAGCCAGGAGUCCCCGGACCGCUGUGCCAAGGAAGGACAAAGGCGGCUCGACGUGCCUCUCAGGUCUGAGAGCCCUGAGCCCAGGCUGUCGGCCUUCCGGCCCGUGGUGAAGAAUGGAGUGGUCCCUGUCUUUGUGCCCAGGCCGGGGCCUCUGAGAAGAAGCAUCUGCUCCGGGUGCAAGCGCCUCCGAGAAGAGGACACUGAGCCCCGGCCUGACCAGCAGCCCUGA